AUGGGAAUCAGUUAUAAUGGGCAAUCAUCCCAUUUACUUGAGCAUCUGUGUCCAUCUGUCAGCUCCAGUAAUGCCUACCUGGCCCUGAGGGAAGACAAGGAGGCAGGGGGGGUCCAGACCACCCAGGGGGACCAGCCCCCUGAGGUGGACUCAGUGAAGGCCAGUGGGGGCUACUUGACCCUGUCCCAGGCCCUGCCGGACCACCAGGGGCCCCACCUGGUGGACGCCUCCAUCCAGAAGAAUAUGUCCUUCGAUGGGAAGCCUGUGGACCCUGGGAGCUGGACCGGGGGCCCGGCGGAGCUGACGUCCCUGAAGGACCAGCUCUCCCAAGCCGAGGAGAGGGUCUCACGCGUCCAGAGCGAGUGUGAGGGUCUGAGGGGGGAGCUGCAUGAGCUCCAGAGCCUGUAUGACCUCAGCCAGCAGGAGAGGGCGGAGCUAGAGCAGGAACUGCAGCGCUGCAAGAGGGAGCUGGAGAAGCUGGUGGACAGGAAGUCCCAGAACUGCCCUCCUCCGUCAGAGCCCCCUGUUCUCUCCAUCCCCUUCAUAGGAAUGAUUGUAAUAGUGGCCUUGAUUUGGUGCUGGUGGGAGGAGCUGGCGUCCUAGAGGGGAGCAGGGUGACGAGGAGGGCUGGAACUUGGUUGCAGUGGUUGCCGUGGCAGCCCUUGUCGUUCUGAUAGUCCCCAGCCUGACCAGAAUGCUCACCUGAGCCCUAUGAAGGAAGGAGCAGCACAGGAAGCUCCUUUGCCCGUUUGUUUUUCUUCUUCCAGGGAUCUUCAUUUCCACAUCCUCGCUUGUGGAAGAAGGGCCCAGCGUCACAUACUGAUUUUCAUCCGUUUCCACAAGUAAGAAGACGAUCAGGAGCAAUGUUCAAACGCGCAAACACACACACACACACAAACACACACUGCUCCAAUGAAGGACGUUGGUCUAACACAAGGACAUUAGACAGAUGCGGUUCCUGCUCACCAAGGUUUUCUCCAGCCCCCCUGUCUGAACAGCAGAUCGUUUAUCAUGUUUUUAGGCCAGUCUUUUCUCUCCUCCUCCUCCGGCCUCCUCCGGCCUCUUCCUCCUCCUCCUCCUUUACAAGUUCGGAGGAAAGAGAGCGUGAGGGGGAGUUCCAGGCUUGUAAAAGGUUGCUGUCUUUCACCAGAGAGGCUCCCCGAGGAGCAGGGCAUACUUGUCUCUUGAAUUUCGGGAUGGUUUUAUUCACUGGUUUACUGACAGCCUGAGUGGAGGUUGACUCGAGAAAAGCCUUAUUGUUUUCCCUCUCAGGACAGAGGACCGUUUUGCACACGCACACACACACGCACACACACACAUACACACACUUUGACUGUAUUUAGAAAGUGUAGUAAAACAGUGAAGUAUAUCAAUAUGCAGGAAGGUACCAGUUUGUUUUGGCCUUUCAGAAUCAGUGGGACACUAACAGCAUCCUCGUCACAUUACCUUGUUCCCAGAAUCCCCCAUUUUCAUCUCUGCUACCGUAUGCCUGUUUAAAUCUCUCUGAUGACUCAUCUACGUCGAGGCAUGCUCUCCUUAAAAGAGCAGAUUACAAGAAGAAAAUGUAAUCAAUUGUCCAAUUCUUGUAGAGGUGGUGUUUAGAAAGUGAUUGUAAUAUCACAUAUAUAAGUUACAAAAAAAGAUUGCUGACUGAUUUCACUGUGUCUGGUUAAGAGUUUGGUCCUAGCGAACUGGAGAGGUUAACUGCUUGAAACUGAAAGAUAUUUUUGUACAUGGACGUUGCAUCUUAUUUUUCAAAGGAUAUUUUACUUUUAGAGGUAAUAUGAGAGAUGAUAUUGAUGUACUUAAUCAAACACAAUCAUGACAGUGAACCAAAUGUAAUGAAAGGUCUUGUGUCUGAGAAGCAUCUAUUACUUCUUCAGGUGUUGUUUGUCCAACGGUGAUGCUCAUCAUUGAUUGGUUUGGCAUGAGGCAUUACAAACAUAGCUAGAUCACUUAUUUAUUGAGAUUGUAACUCGCCUGCCUCAAUCUCUGAUAACGCAUGUAACCUUUAUCAAUACAACAUGCAGACACUUUCCAAGAGUCAUUCCAAGGGGAGUUUGAGGCAACUUCAGCACGAAGACACUAUUGACACUAUUUUGAUUAUAUUGUCUUGACAGCACUCGCAGAGUUGCAAUUGAUUUGAAAGUAUUGAUUGUAGGCAUGGGUCCACUACAGCAUCCGAGCCUUACACAAGAAUUUAAACUCUUUUGUGUACCUAACAAUUGUAAGUGUUUGAAAAUGCUUUGUAAUAAGUUAGAAAAUGUGUUUCGUUUCAGACUUGUGGGUGUGUGUGUGUGCGUGUGUAGGGGGGGGAGGGUGCAAGCUCACCGCUAUGACAUCAGCACACGUUGCAUACCGACAUCGGAAUGCAACGGAAGUGUUUUCUGUCUCUCUGGCGCAGAGUUAAUGAGGAUGGUGUUCAUUUGUAUGCCGAGUUACCGGCUGCUGUGCGCGAGCGUCUAUGGCGGCCCGUUUUGUUUAUAGACAAUUUCCCAUGUGCAUGGCUUUUCUCGUCCGUUUAAGUCGACAACUCUAUUUACAGUAUUUGCUGCAUUCACAAUGGCCUCUGCAGUCUCCAGAUCAUUGUUAUCGCUUUGCAUGAUUGAGCAAUUUAGCACCCAGUUUCUCUUAUUGUCGUAGAGAUGGGUAACAGACGUGACGAGCAAUCCAAUAUUUAUAGUUAAGCCUCUUAAAUCCAAUGAGUCGCUUUAUAGAGGCGAUUGUUUAAACACAGGACCGCCUGUUUGUCAGAAUCCUUAGGCUAUUGUCUCUAUUCUGUGGAUGUCUGAAGUUGUACAGUGUGUAGGCCUAUGGCAGACCUUAACAGUUAAACGCUUUAGACCUCUGGAGUUGUUUUAAGUGUAAAUUAAAACAAUCCGAUUUUUUGGAGCACAUUUUCAACAGUGCACUGACUGAUUGGCUCAUAUAGGCUACUUCUAGUUUUACAUGUUACACUGUAAAAUUAUAAUAGCCAAUUAUACUCAAAGCUAGCUGAGAAACACUCUAUUUUGUCUUAAUUUUUUUUGUUUUUGUGAUGCAGUAAAAAAUAAAGCCUCAUUAGUGGGUCAGCGCAUGCUUCAGUUUAUGUACAAAUAACUGGAUUUGCGUAUUUUUGUACCCACUGUGGUAUUUGUACUGUAUUGUAAAUAGGAUAGAUUUGAACAAAGCUGAAUCAUUUAUUUACUUUCCAAAAGUUAUUUUUGAAAUCAUGAACAGUUCAUCUAAUGCCUCUCUUUCCAGUGCAGUGUAUAGGCUACACUGAGUCAGUCCAUAUGCCCUUUAGAUUAUGACCACAAACAUAGAUAUUAGUGCUUGCAUGUUAGAUUUUGUUGAGAAUGUUGCAUGUGGAUAGAUAUAAUUAGUAGAUUAGGUUUCUGUGGUAGCAGUUGUUUCAGCCAGUGCAGUGACAUGAGUGCAUGACUAAACCAUCUCUUCCAUGACCUUAAUUAAGAAUGUCAACCUGUAUUUCUUUGUUUUACUUAACUUUUGCACUCACUUGUUGAAAAUGUUUAUUUCACUGUAUAUUCUAUCCUAUUCUACUUUAUCGUAUUCACUCCUCACUGAGUCAUACUCUCGAAUGACUUCUCUGUUGUGCUUGUACGCUGUGCUCUAUUCCUAUGCUGUGCUUCAAACCAUCCUUAGUCCAGUAUCACAGACAAAGAGUGACAUCGCUGGAACUGUCUGGAAGCGUCCCAGGACAUGGCUGCCAUUGUACAUGUGCCGUGGUGCUGAUGUUUGUACAUGACGAUGUGUAAACCGCUGCCUGUUCUAUGUGUCUCUGGCUGUCUCUCGUGUUUCUGUGUGACUAGGCCGUCUGUGGAGGAGGGUUCCUCCUGAAGGCCAUGUCGACGCUUGUCUGUACGGGCUGUAGGUCUGGAUAAUUCCAUUAGGACUGUGUGAAUUUUAGUUUGACGAGUCUGUACAUUUUUGGAAAGAAACCGAAAAAUAAAGUAUUUGCUUUUUCCAAUC